AUGAAACUUUUGGUAGGAAUUUUCGCUUCUGCCCUUGGUCUUGAAGCCACUGGUUUCCAAACCGGGAUCAAAACUAACGGCGAGCGAUCUUGCUCCUGCAUCGGAGAUCCUGAUUGGUGCGCCGACUUCUGCUCCGGCUCUGGUGGCGGAGAUGGCGGUGGAAACGGCGGCUGCAGCUGCGUUGGCGAUCCUCAGUGGUGUGAGGACUUUUGCAACGGCUCCGGUGGUGGUGGCGGCAGCGGCAGCACUGAUCCUGAAAUCAUCAUGAAAUCAGUUCUCUCCGACUGCGGCUGGUACAACUGGUCGAUGGUCAAAUGCGCCGAGGAGAUGCACGAUCGAAUCCUUCGAAACACUGGCAACGCCUAUUCCUGCAUCACCACUGACGACUACAAAGGCUACGCCGCCUGGAAGACAUACAACGUUGAAGACAGCUGGAACAAACUUGUUGCCGUCUGCGGGCCAAAAUCAAAUACCGCCGUGGCGAGAUAUUACUUCGAGCAACAGUGCGAUGAUUGCGCAUACAUGUGCACUUACUCCAACGACAAGCCAGAUUGCGUGCGAAACUGCAUUUCCGACCGAGGGCAACGAUUCUGCUCCAACUCCAGCGGCCGAUACAACCUCGUCGUCACCAACUGGAACCCCGAUGUCGCCUACUACGCCUACGGUGCACACAUCUAUGGUGCCCGUGGAAUGGUUUACUGUACUGGCUACUGUGUUACCAACUGA